AGCCGGACGAGUCGGCGGAGGAGCAAAUCAAAAUGGCGAGCCAAGAGGAGUCAGUGAGGGAGUUCGUCGCUGUGACCGAUGUGGACGAGGAGAGAGCCCGCUUUUUCCUGGAGUCCGCCGGCUGGAACCUGCAGCUCGCACUCGCCAGUUUCUUUGAGGACGGAGCUGAUGACGACAUAGUGACGCUCCCUCAACCUGAGGGAGGCUCCUCGGUCUCUCGUUCUGCAGGUCCAAGCUCGCAGCCCAGAGUGACUUCCUUCAGAGAGCUGAUGCAUGAGGCAGAGGAAGAGAGUGACGAGGAAGAAGGUCAAAGGUUUUUCGCAGGGGGAUCAGAGCGCAGUGGGCAGCAGAUCGUUGGGCCUCCCAAGAAGAAGAGUUCCAAUGAGGUGGUGGAGGAUCUUUUCAAAGGAGCCAGAGAACAUGGAGCUGUGCCUCUGGACCGGGCUGGGAAAGGUCCAGGAGAGACCAGUAAAGCCAAGGCCUUUUUGGGGGGAGGUUACAGGCUAGGAGCAGCUCCUGAGGAGGAGUCCGCCUAUGUGUCUGGAGAGAGACGCGCUGCCGGCGGCAACCAGCAGGAUGUACACGUGGUGCUCAAACUGUGGAAGACAGGUUUCAGUUUGGAUAAUGGAGAACUCAGAAACUACAGCGAUCCUGGAAAUUCCAACUUCCUCGAGGCAAUCAGAAGGGGAGAGAUCCCCCUAGAGUUGAGGCAGCGGUCUCGAGGGGGCCAGGUCAACCUGGACAUGGAGGACCACAGGGAUGAGGACUUCAGCAAACCCAAGUUGACUUUUAGGGCCUUUGGAGGUGAAGGACAGAAGUUGGGAAGUGCCACCCCGGAGUUGGUUACAGCUCCGGCCUCCGCCCAGCAGGACCAGGCUGCCAACGAGGUCCAAGCCAGCACCUCAGUGGCCCUUGACCCCUCCCAGCCCGUCACCAACAUUCAAAUCCGACUGGCUGAUGGUGGCAGGCUGGUCCAAAAGUUCAACCAUACCCACAGGGUGUCUGACCUGCGUGAGUUUCUGGUCGCGGCCCGGCCUACCAUGGCCGCCAGAGAGUUUGUUCUCAUGACCACCUUCCCCAACAAGGAGCUGACGGACGAGAGUCAGACGCUCCAGCAGGCCAACCUCCUCAACGCCGUCAUCGUUCAGCUGCUAAAGUGAAGUGCAGAGAGUGUAAGGUCAAUCCCUGCUGGUGCGGCCGAGUAGUGCAGCCACGUGAAACCUGCUGCCCCUUCUGAGGGAGGAGAAAACAUGGACUUAUAUAUGGACUUCUAAUUUCUGAGUUUUGUUUUUCUAAAGUCAAAUGUAAUAUUCUACUCCCCCCCACACCACCACCACCACUACCACUCUCCCUCUCACCCUUGCGUGGUCUGUGAUGGCACUAAUAAAGGGGCGAACUUAAAAACCUUCCUAAAUCAAGCAGAGAACUCUCAAAGAUCUUGAAAGCUGCAGAUACUGUUACUGAUUGGGGACGUGUUUCCCUGAGAGCAGUAGAUGGUCUAAUCCAAAAACGCAACAGCAGUCCAGCUUUCUGAGGAGCAGCAGCUUGGUUGCAGAGAUGGUCACUAAACUUGGCUCUUUUUUUCCAUUAACUUGCUCCCCUCUUCCCCUUUUCUAUUAACCUUCAUUUGGCCCUUCAGCUGUGUUUAAUGUCAGGUGCUGGAGCCCUCACCAGACCACCGGCAGAGUCCCAGUUCCAACCGCACAAACCAGAACCACAUAAGGAAUACUAGUCUUAUUAAAAGUACAUGUUGACAGUGUGGUUUUGUAAACGUUUCCUUAUCUCUCUGCUUUGAGAGAAAAGUACAACGUUGUCACAAAACACUAUUACCUUUCCAUCCAAACUAACCAAUACCAGUAGCCUUACUAUCCUUUAUUCAACUCCACAAACACAUUUGUUCAAAAUCCAGAUGGAAUUAUUUUUUUAAGCUGCCUUUUCUCCCUCUUUUCUCUUUUCCUUUACAGAUUGUAAGAUUGUCCCUGUUACACAUUUUGAUAUUGUGUAACAUAACAGCUGCACAUGGCUUUUUUGUCAAACAAAAGAUCAUAUAGAUUGUAAACUCUGGUUUGUAGUAGUGGACUCCUAUGACACACUGACAUCUUCUAUGCAUCCUGGGGCAACACAGAAAAUAUGUUUGGACCUCCUGGUGAAAUAAAUCCAUUUUAUGGUUGAUGUAUAAAGAACAAAA